GCUAUUAGGAAGAGAACUAGAGGAGAGAGGGAGAGAGAGAGUCUCUGGAUUUCGCGAACGACAGUUUCUCAGUUUGCCGAGAGCCGUCGCUGCACUGUGCCGCUUGGUUAGACUAAGACGCGACACAUUUGGUAAAGGAGGUUUUCCUUCAAGGUGAUUUGUUGAGACGAAGCUCUGAACGACGAGAAGUCGCUUGGGUGUACUCAGAAGCCCCGGAUUGUAAUCAAAACACGUGCAUAACGCGUCGAAGCUCGUUAAAAUUCGUGAAUGUGACGAAAUGGCGACGCCUGGGUUUGCAAUGACGAGUGGACACAGUCCGGUGACGAAUCCUGUUGUGAACGAGCAGAAGUAUGUGACGGGGACGGUGGAUAAGGACGAAGAGCGAGCUACUAUCGUAGCCAAAUAUGAAAGGGGUCGCAAGGAUGGCGUACUACUAGAUCCGUGGGAGGAUCCCGAAUUUGAAGUGUACCAAGUCACUGAUAGAUACGGAUUUCUACAUAAGGCGAAACUGCCUCCCAACCAUUACAGUGAGAAGUAUCUACAGGUGGAGAGAGAGCGGAUGAUGAAGUGGCACAAAAUGUUUCAGAAAUGGGACAAAUACGCCAACAGCGAGAAGCUCCGGAAGAGAGUGUCUAAAGGUAUUCCUAAUGCAGUGAGAUCUGAGGCGUGGAAACGAUUGCUGGACAUUGAUAAGAAUAGAAAGGCUGGAGUUUACCAGGCUGCAUGGCUGAAAGCUCGUUUGACAUCACCCGAUAUUCGUCAAAUUGAUCUGGAUGUGAAUCGAACAUACAGAGACCACAUUAUGUUUAGAGAGAGAUUUGGAAUCAAGCAGCAAGCUCUUUUCCAUGUUUUGGCUGCUUAUUCUAUGUACAAUGAGACUGUUGGGUACUGUCAAGGGAUGAGUGGCAUUGGUGCUCUAUUAUUGAUGUAUCUCAAUGAAGAGGAUGCAUUCUGGGGAAUCGUCGAGCUUCUUAGAAAUAAGAAGUACGCAAUGCAUGGGUUUUUUAUUCCUGGCUUGCCAAGACUUCUUCGUUCAUUCGAUCAUCACAGAAGUAUUCGGAAAAAGUUUUUGCCAAAGCUGCACAAGCACUUGGAUAAAGAACAAAUUGAUCCGUCACUUUAUGGAACCAAAUGGUUUCUUCAGUGUUUUCUAGAUAGAGCUCCCUUCUCAUUGACUCUUCGUUUGUGGGACAUGUAUCUUUUGGAGGGAGAAAUUGUUGUUAAUGCUAUGUCGUAUGGUGCACUCAAAUUUCAUCAAAAAGAUUUGCUGAAAUUAAAAUUUGAAGAUGCUGUGAGUUUUCUUCAGACAAUGGAAUCUCGAGAUUAUGAUGAUGAUAAGAUGGUGAAUGAGGUGCUUGUUCCUUGCAUGAAUGAGCUCAAUCGCAACAGGCUGGCCCAUCAACUGUCGCCUACAGACGAAGUGCCACCUGAUGAACCAGACUUUGGCAGCUACUAUCCCAUGACUAAUGGAUCAGUGCAAACGAAUGGAUUUGCUCAUGAUGAUCCAGAAACACUUGUAUAGAAGGGUGGUGGUUGGGCUAUAUGUAUAUUACAAAGGGUUCUGUAUCUGUGGAAAGGUUUUUAUACAGUAUUGUAUGGUAUAUCUAUUGAUAAUCAUUUUCAGUUGGGAUGGUUAUUGUAACUACAGUUUCAUACUCAACACACUGUACUACUCAAAUGGAAAAUAUUAUUCAUUCACAUUCAGUUACUCGGUACUGA